AUGGUGUCACAACUCCCAACACACUCUCCCCGGCCACCCAAAAAAGCAUACCGCAAGACUCGACGGCCGCCUGCUACUCUGCGGACCAAGACCGGAUGCUUGACAUGCCUCCAACGCAAGAAAAAGUGCGACGAAACCGUCGAGGUGUGUCGCAAUUGUUCACGCAGCGGCAUGCAAUGCACAUGGCGCCAUUGUCCCUCGUCCGUGAAAUCACCGGCGAGGAGAGUUUGUAAUGGCAAGACAUCCACGUCGCCGGAGUCUGUGGACGAGAGCACCACUGCGGUUCCGAGGACGGCUCUGGUGUCGAGUGGUGUGCCAGCGACGCUGUACAACGCCUACUCGCCUGUUCUGUUGUCGGAAGCAGUGCCGCUCUUUCAAUACUACACCAAUGUCUAUCUCCCUCAGAUUACUCGGCCACAGACCAACAGUCGGUUCAUUCGAGGGGCCGAGGAAGAGAUCAUCACGAUGGGCUUCCACACCCCGUUCCUGAUGCACGCCUUACUCGCCACCUCCGCCGGCCAUUUGGCAAAGCGAUCGGAACACUACAGAUCGGUUGCAGAGUUCCACUAUGGACAAGCCGUCAAAGGACUCAGACUGAAUCUUCAGAGGAAAGACACUCAGACAGAUAUGGAUGCCGUCUUGCUGGCCAUCAUCGGCCUGUGCAUCUAUUCGUCCGAAUCGUCCGACCAGCGACCUCCCGAAGAAGUGACCAUGCACAUCGUGGGCGCUGCCGAGGCCAUCCUUCAGUGUCUCUCCAACAACCCGAGCCACUACCAUCAGAACCACCACUCCCCGGCCCAGACCGCCAUGCAGCGCCUGAUCCUCGAGUCCUUUUUCUUCCACGCGUCGCGACGGCCCCUGUUCGUGAAGAUGAUGCCCGCGAGACUGACCGCGGUCAGCGAAGCCAUCUCGGUGGUCCACGAGCUCUUCUGCGCCUCGGACGAGCUGCUGGACAACCCGGCCUGGAGUACGUCCCCGCUCCUGGGCCCGAAUCCUACGCUCUUCAUCUACGUCUACCAACUGUCUCUGCUCCAGAGCCAGACCCAUUUGAGUGUCGAGGACGUGAAUUACUGUCUCCAUCUCGAAGCCGAGCUCCGGGACCUGGAGUCGUCGACGAUCGAUAGGACAAGGUCAGUUUCUGAGGACUUAGGAAACGAUAAUGAUGACGACAGUCAUACGCUGCUGGGAGAUCAACUCUACAUCCUCGCCUGCCGGCUUCUGCUGAACCGCAUCCUAGAUGACGGCUCCAUGGCAUUGUCCAGCCACAGGCUGGCCACCCAGGCAUUGCGUAUCAUCCACCUGGUUCCCGCCGGGUCCGACUAUCAUGCGUCCUAUUAUUUCUGGCCGCUGUCCAUCAUUGCCACGUCAAUUUCUCAGUUGGCGGGCCUCGAUCUGGGCGUCGAGCUGUGCGAGGAGAUCCAUGGCAUGCGUGCAGGUAAUCGAUCAACCCCAAAACUGAUAUACUUUCUAUCGACAAUAUGGGAAUAUCAGAAAAACACCACUACGGAUGACGGAAAUUCGGAGUGUCCCAUCUGA